AUGAGCGCCCAGAACACUGACACCGCUAUGAGUGGCGGCGAUGCUACCCUUGACAAGGGCAAGGGCAAGGCCGCCGAGCCCACCCGUGAGGACGUCACCAUGGGUGAGGAGGACAGUUCCGACGAGGAGUCUGGUGUCGAAGACCAGGCCCCCGAACCUGAGGAGGUCGACGAGGAUAACAUGGAGGAGAUCGAUCCCGACAACAUCAUCCAGGAUGGCAGGCGCACGCGCGGCAAGACGAUCGACUUCAGCAAGGCUGCCGAAGAGGCCGGUCCGGACGACUACGACGAGGAUGAUGAUGAGGACUUCGAGGACCCCGACGAGUCCAUGGAGCACUAG